AUGCCGAAGAGCAUACUACAGGACCCGCUGCUGCUGUCGCAACUGACCUGGACCGAGAUUGGAGAUGUGCUGUGCCUGGAGGUAUUUGGAGAGACACGACGUGAGCCACUUUCAGUGCACGGACUUUUGAACAUUGAUGCUAUGGACGAUGGCGUCUUUAGGACGUAUUUUCGUUUCGAGAAGGAGCAUAUAGGCAGACUUCAGCGUGCCUUGCGCAUACCCAAUAAAGUCGUAACUGCGCAAAGGGUUGCGGUUCCCGGAGAUGAAGCCCUCUGCAUUACCCUACGACGGCUGGCAUAUCCCAACCGGCUGUGUGAUCUUGAAGAUCUUUUCGGGCGGCACAGUUCAACGUUGUCAUCACUGACGAACGAAGUCUUGCGCCACAUCGACGAGCGGUUUUUUCAUUUGCUCGACGAUGUAAAUAACCAUUCCUGGCUCAAUCUCGACACGCUGGAGGAAUUCUCGCAGGCCGUUCACGCAAAAGGUGCCCCGCUGACAAACUGUUGGGGGUUCAUCGACGGUACAGCAAGGGCAAUAUGCCGGCCAACAAGAAAUCAGAAACUUUACUUUAGUGGGCACAAGCGGUUUCAUGCCUUGAAAUACCAAUCCAUAAUGUGCCCCAAUGGAAUCAUUUGCCAAUUGGAUGGAUCAUACCCGGGCAGCAAGCAUGACGCUGGUAACUUCGGGAUUAGCAACGUAUAUUCGAAGCUAGAAAGGCUCGUUCAAGGGCGUAACUUCUGCAUUUAUGGAGACCCCGCCUAUCCACUGCGACCUCUUUUGCUGAAGCCAUAUGGUGGUGUGUCCAUCACACCGGAACAGUGCGCGUUCAACAAAGCUAUGAGCAGUGUUUCGCACUACUUCGGCCUCGAUCCACCAGAUCUUGAAACUUACCUUACUCCUCGGUAG